UUGCUUGAAGGAGAAAUAUGGCUCUAUCGCACUAAUUUUUGAGGUCCCUUGUGCCCUAGCUUCCCCUUUCUUGCGUUGCGGAUUUAGAAUUAAUUAAUUAUAAUUAUAAUACAGCAUGCAUCGUUUGCAAUUCUUGUUGGUUUGCAUAAUUUUAGUUUCUUUUUUAUUUGUUUAAAUGGCAACACCAUUGCUGACGGAAAAAGGGAAGUUGAAAAUUGAUUAUCGGCGACCAUAACUGGUUAGUUUAAUUCUCAACGGACAAAGGCAAAAGGAAUCCUUCCUUGUAAUUCUCAAUAUCCUUAAUCUAGAUGGAUUGAUUUUCAUCGCUAUCCUUCUCAAUUUUUGUUGCGUACUGCCCAUCCUUCUUGAUAAGAAGUCAGAAGAGCGGCACCGUUCCUAAACCCUGAUUCCUUUGAGUACCAGUCAAGUCCCUUGAUUCUUAAUUUUAUAUUAGAAGUCCUUGAACAAUGCUACAUUUAUAAUCAAGUCCUUCUGAUAUUUUUUAUAGGAUUUUUCUUCUUGUUGGAGGUAUUUUUCCGAAUCUUCUUUCUUCUAUUGUAUAAAAUAUUGUUUUUUUAUGGAAGUGACCUGCAUCUUAUAAUGUAAGAGUUCUUAAAUUAUGGAUGAAACCCAACAAAAAAUAAGGAAAUGGCUUGAUUGAGUUUGACCUUAGAAGCCCUAGAUCUUAUGGCUGAAAAUAAUAUUCGAAUUAUGGAUAACUUCAUAAUACUCUAUCUUGACGUUGACACGCCGAGGUGGAACCCAUAGCCACUCGUCUGUAAAUUAAGAAAAUGCAUGCAAGUAAGUUCACCCAACCCUUUCAAGGAUUUGAACUCUUCACCUUGGGAACGACAGCUGGGCAGCUUGAAAGAUGCAUGGCCGGUCACCAUAUUUCAAUUUUCAGGUGCCAACUUGGCAAGAAAAGAAAAGGACGUGGAAAAACAAAAUCAAGCAUGAAAAGGUUGGAAGCAGAGAUGGCAGAGAUCGGUGAACAGCAAAAAAGAGUUAAAAAAGGGCAAAUGGAAAUAAGGGAGAGGUUUAAGGAGAUGGAAUUUGAGUGUGAUCAACUCAAGAAGGAAACAUUCCUUAUCUCGAAACAGGCUGGACGCAAUCAACAACGACUAAAUCUUAUGUUCAAAAUCGUAAAAGCUCGAGAAGAAAAUAAUAUUUCUGAAGCUGACAAACUCACUCAAUCUCUUCGAGAAUGCAUGAAGCACAACAUGAAAAACAAUCCGUGACUAGCUAUCUCCACAUUCAAGUGAUAAAGUAACGAGAAGAAGGAAUAAUAAAGUAUGCACCCGCCAUCCCAUAUCAGUAUAAAACCGGAGUGCAAAAAUGAGCUUGCUGUUCUGCUUUUUAAGUUCUUUAUAUAUAUAUAUAUAUAUAUAUAUAUAUAUAUAUAUAUAUAUAAAAUGAGUUCUUUAUGUUAUUCACCUUGAUCGGAACUUAAGGUUAUGAUGUUUAGCCACUUUAAAGCAAUUUAACACGUGGCAUGUUUUUGGGUUCUGGACUUAAAGACUUUCCUUUUUGUUUUUUAUUUUGUUUUCUUAAUGGUAGAUUGAUAAAAAAAUGGGAUCUAUCAUCUUUGGUCGUUGGUCUGCCUGCUUCUCUGCUAUUUGUAAAUUAUAUCGAAAUACAUUAAUAAAUACUGUGAUUUGUGAGUUUGCCUGGUAUUGGCUUU